GAAAAAAAAAAAUGUCUGAUCAUUUUUCAUACCAUUUCAUUUCAUAGCAACCAAAUCUAACGCUUCUCCAAGAAUCAAAUCAUGGCAAUGGCGGCAUCAACCUCUGCCUCUUCUCCUCAUUUACUUCUUGUCAAGUCGUCAAUUUCCUUUCGUCAUUCAUUCCAAUGCCUCCAUCGUCUUCCUGCAAACCAGUCUUGGUUUGAAGCUGCCCAAAUCAAUAAUACUAGUAGGUCUAUUACACCCAAAUCCAGAACUUCUCCUUUCAGCAUUAAAGCUCAAGCUGAUGCUAAGAAAGAAGACAUAGUUAUUAUCGGAGCAGGGAUUGCCGGCCUCGCCACCGCCGUUUCACUUCAAAGGCUUGGAAUUAAGUCCAGGGUACUUGAGCAGGCUGAGUCCUUGCGAACUGGAGGAACUUCACUAACCUUGUUCAAGAAUGGAUGGAGUGUGUUGGAUGCAAUUGGAGUUGGGAAUGAACUCAGGACCCAAUUUCUUGAAAUUCAAGGGAUGGUGAUAAAGUCAGAAGAUGGAAACGAAAUGCGGUCCUUCAAUUUCAAGGAUGAAGAUGAAAGUCAAGAGGUCCGUGCAGUGGAGAGGAGAAUUUUACUAGAAACACUAGCAAAUCAGCUACCAUCAGAUUCCGUUUCUUUCUCCUCAAGGCUGGUGAAUAUCCAAAGAGAGGAAAAUGGAGAAACAAAGUUGCAACUUCAGGAUGGUAGUGAGUUAUCUGCAAAGGUGGUGAUCGCCUGUGAUGGAAUCGGGUCUCCAGUGGCGAAGUGGAUGGGAUUUCCAGAGCCCAAAUACGUUGGUCAUUGUGCUUUUCGUGGCCUAGGAUAUUUUCCUGAAGGGCAGCCAUUUAAUCCCAGAGUCAACUAUAUCUAUGGGAAAGGAAUACGCGCUGCAUAUGUCCCAGUUUCUUCAACUAAGGUCUACUGGUUUGUCUGCUUCAACAGCUCAUCUCCAGGUCCAAAGAUCACUGAUACAUCUCUGCUGAGGCAGCAAACUAAUGAAUUAGUUAGAAAUUGGCCAGCAGAUUUGUUGAACAUAAUAGAUCUUACCCCUGAUGACACAAUCAUAAGAACUCCAUUGGUAGACAGAUGGCUAUGGCCAGUGGCAAGUCCUCCAGCGUCAACAGGAAAGGUUGUGCUGGUCGGCGAUGCAUGGCACCCAAUGACACCCAACCUUGGACAAGGAGCAUGCUGUGCAUUAGAGGAUGCAGUGGUUCUGGCUAAAAAGCUUGCAGAGGCUGUCAAAUCAGAAGCCAUGUCCAUCGAAGAAGCAUUCAGGUCUUAUCAAGAUGAGCGCUGGGGUCGUGUGUUCCCAUUAACCAUACGAGCAAAUGUUGUGGGGACUCUAUUGCAGUGGGAUGAUCCUCUGUGGUGCUUCGUGAGGAACAACAUUGUUAUCCCUAAGCUAGUUAGUCUUGGACCAGUGCUGGAACACACGAAUUUUGAAUUUGAGCCUCUAUUAACUAACUGAAACAUGCAAGAGGUGGCGAAAUUUGGAUGGGGCUUGAAAUAGUGCACAAGAUAGAACAGAAUUCUUCUCAUCAUCGUAUCUCAAAUGUAAAGAUACAAUACAUAGCUUAAGCUGCCACAAAAAUAUUUUCUUUAGCAUGCUUUUAUAGA